GUUUACCAUCAUCAUCUCUUGCUUGCUCAAAAACAAAGAGAAAAACCCUACAAAAUCUGGUUACUAAUUAAAAAAAAAAGAUGGCUUCCAUGAACAACUGGCUAGGCUUCUCUCUCUCUCCUCAAGAGCUCCAAGAUCAUCAACAACACCCACAAACCUCACACAUACCUAAUUUCAACUCAGAUGAAAUCUCAACCACACAAAUUUCUGAGGAAUCUUGCUUUGAUCAUCACCUCACCUCAGAUUCCCCCAUCCCCUCUCUGAAUCUCCCUGCCCCCCCUUUUGGCAUCAUGGAAGCUUUCAACCGAAACAAUCCCAAUCAAGAAUGGAAUAUGAGCAUCAACACAUACUCAUGCAGCAGCCAGAAUCUAGAGGAUCAAAACCGCCCAAAGCUGGAGAAUUUCCUCGGUGUUCAUCAAGAAAACAGCUACAAUAUCUACCAAGAAAAUGAAGCCACUUCAAAUCCAAAUCCAAAUCCAAACACCACCACCAGCACUAUUGGCCUUUCCAUGAUCACAAACUGGCUCAGAAACAACCCCACCCCACCGCAUGCAGCCGAGACCAAGACGGCGCCGCCCCCUUCCGCCGCCUCAUCUCAAUCACUCUCUCUCUCAAUCUCUCAAUCAACCACACCUCUACCUUCCGACACCAAAUUAGCAACUGAGAGUCAAACUGUUGUUUCUGCUUCAGCCACUGUUGCAAUAGAAUCAGUGCCAAGAAAGUCCAUUGAUACAUUCGGACAAAGGACUUCUAUUUACCGAGGUGUAACGAGGCAUAGAUGGACAGGGAGAUAUGAGGCGCAUUUGUGGGAUAACAGUUGCAGAAGAGAGGGACAGACUCGUAAAGGAAGGCAAGUCUACUUGGGAGGUUAUGAUAAAGAAGAUAAGGCUGCCCGUGCUUAUGAUUUAGCUGCACUCAAAUAUUGGGGAACUACCACAACUACAAAUUUUCCAAUGAGUAACUAUGAGAAAGAGAUAGAGAAUAUGAAGCAUAUGACAAGGCAAGAGUAUGUAGCAUCAUUGAGAAGAAAAAGCAGUGGUUUCUCUAGAGGUGCAUCCAUGUAUAGAGGUGUUACAAGACACCACCAACAUGGGAGAUGGCAAGCAAGAAUUGGGAGAGUAGCUGGAAACAAAGACCUCUACUUAGGAACUUUCAGUACGGAAGAGGAAGCUGCAGAAGCCUACGACAUCGCGGCGAUCAAAUUCCGCGGCCUAAACGCCGUUACCAACUUUGAAAUAAACCGUUACGACGUCAAGAGCAUUCUAGAGAGCACCACUCUCCCCAUCGGCGGCGCGGCCAAGCGCCUCAAAGACGCGGAGAAGGCCGAGAUGGCUCUCACCCUCCAGCGAGCGAACGAGUCGCACCUCGCCGAGAGCUACGCUGCCACAACCACACCAUGGCCCACGAUCGCCUUCCAGCAGCCCCAGCCGUUGAUCUACCCCUACGGAGCCGCCCAUCAACGGCUCUGGUGCAAGCCGGAGCACGACGUUGAUGUUUACAGCGAGAUCAACCACCACCACCACCUCACUCACAAUUUCCUCCAGCCGAAUUCGGUUCUCCACAACAUGAUGGGGUUGGAUUCGUCAUCGAUUGAAGGAGCAAACGGCGUCGUUUUCGGGAAUGGAUCAACGGUGAUUGUUGAUGGAAAUCAGAAUGGAUUUCUAGGGCACGAAUUGGGGAAUUCGAAGAAUCUGGAUUAUGAGGCGAUGAAUUUCUAUUACCAGAAUCAGCAAUCGAGUGGUGUGAAUCAAGGCGCCGCGGCGGCGGGGAAUUGGAUUCCGACCGGGGUUCCGGCGAGGGGGAGUAAUAUGGCGGCGGCGGGGCAUGGGGCUUCGACGUUUACUGUGUGGAAUGAUACAUAG